AUGGAUACAGCGGACCGACAAGGUGGCAUCCUGCAAUCUUUCUUUAAUUCCAUCGGGGCUUUGAACACAGGUCGACUGUCUCACCUCUGUAUCAACUUCCCGGUCGUUGAGAAUUCGAAAGACCAAUCCGGUACGGAUGUGCUCGGGGAAGAUGACCUGCACAGUUUGAAGCUUCUGCAAGAAAAUUGUACGAAUCUGGUCACUCUGGAAAUUCUCCUUUACGGCCAAAACUCCGCGUGCUUGAUGAACGCCGAGGACAAGAACUCGCAAGUCAUCCAAGAGGCUCUGUCGCAGAUUGAUACGCAGCUGAGAUCUAUCUCUUCACUGAAAAAGGGAAUCGUCCGAUAUUACAAUGGAGCCCCGUCUACUUUCGUCAUGGAGUUGAUGCAAGGUCUUGGCUGGGCUGUCUUAAGGGGACGAUGA